AUGUCCGACCGGCCACUUGUCGUGCGUUUUAUCUUUCAGCACAAAUGGGGGAUCCCUACGUUCUUGUAUACGCCUGAUAUCCUUGUCGUCGAGAUAGAAGGUCAACGAUAUAUUGAUAUUUAUACUCUGACGCAAGAUAUCAAGGAAAACGUGCUGAACAACUUGUAUUUUGGAGAUCAGCACAAUGAGUGCUGGUUGCUCGAGCCUGUUCCUGCACCGAGACUCCUGGUUCAGUUUUACGACGGAGAUUGGAACGGGACGAUUCGAUGUCGAGGACUCUUGACACCAGCCGCCGACGAGAUGCUUGUCAAAAUCACGAGCUGCUCGGGCAGAGAUCUUAAUCCGAAAUAUCAACCAGCGGGCCGGAAGUUGGAUUUUUACUGGGGGAACCACGUUGAAGUAUGA